GGUUAAAAUUCAAACGGUAGCCGCUAAGGGGGAAACUGAACCGGAGCGCAAAGAAACGCGUGGCAAAGUAGACGAAGAUCGCAAACAUGAAAUUGAAGCAGCUAUUGUUCGUAUAAUGAAAGCCAGAAAACGAUUGCCGCACAACUUGCUUGUUUCUGAUGUUACAUCACAACUGAAGUCUCGAUUCCUACCGUCUCCUGUUUUCAUCAAAAAGCGAAUAGAAGGCCUUAUAGAAAGAGAAUAUUUAGCAAGGACGCCGGAGGAUCGAAAAGUUUAUAUAUAUCUGGCAUAAACUCGCAUAAGACCUACUCUGAAAAGAAUAGCAGAUAAGAUUAGCGAAAAAGAGUCUUAAGCAAAGGCAAUAGCAAUUCAUUAAGACUAUUAAUCGUAUACUGCAUGAUCCCCACUUAACAAGCUAACGUACCCGCUAUAUCUAACUUUCAUCAAGGUUUCGUAUUUUUUUUUCUUUUUUGUUAUCUAUACUUUACCUUUGUCACGCCAAAAUUUGGUCUACAAUAAACGAUUUCGGUCCUCCUUUCAAAUUUUGACUUUUGCUUAUGCCUACUACUACAAACCUUUCUCGAGAAUUUGGGAAUUUCAAAAAAAAAUAACUUCAGAUGAAUACAGAGAAUUUUUAAAUA